CGUACUCUAGUUCGUUCAACCGCGGUUUCGUGCAACUAUCGUUUUCACGCUGAUUCACCACAAUGUGUAUCAAAUAUCCACAACACGCAAAAUGGUGAUUGCAACAGAUCGGUAGUAUCUUCCCAUUCAAAACCAGUUCGUUUUCUUCCUUCCUUUUCCAACUGCUCCCUUGCUUCAAGGAUAAAUUUCCCGCCUAGGUGCAAAAGCAUCAGAACUGACCUUUCCCAAAAAAAUGAACGCAAGUCUGCCAAAUGCGACAAUCGUCGCGGCCACAAACGCUAGCGCUUCUUAUGAUAGCAAUUCGGGAGGCAGCUUCGUUCCCACGUACCUAUCCCUAGUCAUCAUUCACACGAUUGGCCUGAUCCUCAACGCGAUCCUCGGCUGGACAUUUGCCAUCCGGGCCAACCAAAAGGUCCCUUUCGACUUCUACUUUCUCAGCCUGCUGGCGGUCAACAUCGUCCUGGAAGGGACGAUGAUCCCGUUUUCCUACAUCAACGCUUUCUAUCCCGUGCUGAACAUCGGCAUCCCCGGCUGCGUAUUCUACGUGUACGCCGUCUACGCCUUCAACAUUGCUCAACCGGUCAACCACGCCGUCAUCGCCCUCAACCGCAUCUGGGCCAUGGUCCAUCCCAUCAGUUUCCGGGAUUUUCAGAAACCCCGUUCCGUCGGCACGGUAAUCGCCAUCAUCUGGGUGGUGCCGCACGCCAUCGCCAUGUCCACGGCGGUCAUCAGCGUGACCUCGCGUCAUGCCACGCAGAGUAUGUUCUGCUUUAAUAUUAUGGGCGUUCCGUCGCUGGCAGAAAAGAUCUCCGAGAGUAUCCAGAAAAUCAUCGGGUUGCUGUCGUUUUUAAUCACGACGGCGUCAAUUCCCAUUGUCAUCUGGAAGCUGCGCAAGCGCCUAAUGGGGAAAGAGAACACGGUGCAGCCGUCAACCACCAAUCGCAGCGCUGCCAGUAGUCAGCAGACGGCGCACUCCAUGCUGAGUCAGCCGGCUACGUCGCAAUCCGCGACCAACGGUCUUACGCCUCUCAAAACGAACGACGGGAAAGAUAAAGAGAAAGCCCAAGAGAACCAAGCGAAUUUGUUCAUGGGGGUGUUAGGUGUCAGCAUCGCCCUCUGCUGGGCACCGUACGCCAUUUAUUUCGGCUUUCAGCCUAUUUUUGGGUACUUUAAUAUGACCGCCAUUUCCGUGGUGAUCAUUCUGUCCAGCUGUCAAUCCGUUGCCGAUCCGGUUCUGCUGUUCUUAACGCUGCCUAAGUGGCGGAAGACCGUCACGGAUUAUUUUUCCAGUUGUAGAUAG